UUCUCCGAAGGGAAUGGGCCCCGGAUGAGACGGGCGGCGCCCGAAGCCAAUAGCGCGCUGGGGGCGGUGCUGGCGCGCCGUUGCUAGGCGAGGGUGGGCUCCCAGUCCGCUAGUUGCCCCGGCUCGGCCGAGCGGGCGGCGGCGGCGGCGAGGAAGGAGGAACAAGGAGUCCACGGCUGGCACCGUCUCGGCCAUGGGGAAGGACUACUACAAGGCCCUGGGGAUCCAGUCGGGAGCCAAUGAGGAUGAGAUCAAGAAGGCCUACCGCAAAAUGGCCCUCAAAUACCACCCGGAUAAAAACAAGGACCCCCGCGCGGAGGACAAGUUCAAGGAAAUCGCUGAGGCCUACGACGUGCUGAGCGACCCCAAGAAGCGGGCCGUUUAUGACCAGUAUGGAGAGGAAGGACUCAAAACGGGUGGUGGUCCCUCUGGACCUUCUGGAAGCACCUUCCACUACACCUUCCAUGGAGACCCUCACGCCACCUUCGCCUCCUUCUUUGGGGGCUCCAACCCCUUCGACAUCUUCUUCAGCAGUAGCCGAUCCAGGGUCUUCAACGGCUUUGACCACGAGGACAGCAUGGAUGUGGACGACGAUAGCGACGAUCCCUUCAGUGCUUUCAGCCGUUUUGGGUUCAAUGGCCUCAACGGGGUCCAUCGGCGGCACCCGGAGCCCAUCCACAUGCGCCGGAAGGUGCAGGAUCCCCCCGUGAUCCACGAGCUCAAGGUUUCUCUGGAAGAAAUCUACCACGGUGCCACAAAGCGGAUGAAGAUCACCCGCCGGCGGCUGAACCCGGACGGGCGAACGAUGCGGAGCGAGGACAAGAUCCUGAACAUCAUCAUCAAGCGAGGAUGGAAGGAAGGCACCAAGAUCACCUUCCCCAAGGAAGGAGAUGCCACCCCUGACAACAUCCCAGCCGACAUCGUCUUCAUCCUGAAGGACAAGCCACACACUCAUUUCCGUCGUGAUGGGACAAACAUCAUCUACGUGGCCAUGAUCAGUCUUAAAGAGGCCCUGUGCGGCUGCACCGUCAACAUCCCCACGGUGGAUGGGCGCGUGAUCCCCCUGCCCUGCAGCGACAUCAUCAAGCCAGGCACUGUGAAGCGGCUGCGGGGCGAGGGCCUGCCUUUCCCCAAGGUGCCCUCCCAGCGCGGAGACUUGAUUGUGGAGUUCAAAGUCCGCUUCCCUGACAGAAUAGCCCCCCAGACCCGCCAGAUCCUCAAGCAACACCUGCCCUGCUCCUAGAGCUGCUGAGCUGGGCCUUGCCCGCCCACCUCUCUGCCAGCCAGCUUGCUCUUCGAGCAGCAGCAAUACGUCAUGCUGUGCCCGAGCCGCGUUGCACCUGGCCUGGGUGUCGCCCGGAGAUCCUCCUGUCUCUUGCUGCAAGCCAUGUCCUCUAUUGCAAGGGACACCCUCUGCCCUGUCCCUCUCCUCUGGCAAUAUGGCUCCCUUCAAGGUCCUGUUUUUGGAUUUGGUGUCCCAGCUUUGCGUGAGUCUCGGGGGUGCCCGGUCCACUCCCUGGGGACUUUCCUUCUCCAGAGCUGGGGAGGAUCUCCCCAAAUUUUGCCAAGGAACACCAGGGCCCUGUAAAUAGAACCACCUCUUUCUCUGUUCCCUGUGCUCUUUCCGGAUUGCGCUUCCUUAGAGCAGACGGUGGGGAUCGCAAAGCCAGCCUCGUCCUACACAGCAGGAGCUGGACCCCCCCCUCCUGUGUUUGGCACUAAGAAGGCCCCCUCCGCUCACCUUCUGUUUCUGCGCACACAGACCCUGUGGUGUUGGCCCGAUAAACCUCCAGCAAGCACGGCCCUGUUUGGGGCCACAACAAGGACCUGCCAUUCAAGGGUGCUUUGGACAGAAGGACCCUCCUUGUAUUCGAAUAGAACUUUCAUGAGGACUAACCUCUUUUUGGCUGUGUUGGCUUUUCAUCUGAAUUCUGGGGAAGGGCUGGUGGGGAGCAGCCCAGGAUGGCUCCUUGAGGAAGGGGAGAGGGGCUACAGGGCAGCCACUGAACCCUGCAGGAGGCUGGGAGGGAGUCUUGGCGGCUGCAGUGAUGGUGGGUGGCCAUUGUGUGUCUCUUGGGAAGUGGGCGGAGGGACGUGAGAUCUGCCUGGGUCCUGGGGGGGUCCAGGGGCUGCCUUUUUUUCUCUUUUCAGGGGGAGAUUUUUCAAGAAACAUUGCUUAUCCUUGACAAUUAAGUUGUGCUUUGGGCCAGUGCUGGUGGGGGAGGAGGGGAAUAUAAGGGCCCGGAGGUGCUUUUGCAAGGGAGCAACUCAAUCAUCUUCUCCCUCCCUCCCAAGCUAAAAAUCUUGUGUCAAGACUCUUUUGGGUGGGACUUUCCACCCGUCCUUUUUAUUCUGAAUUUUCUCUGACUGAAAAUGGAGGUGCUUCCUUUGGUUCCCCUCUGUCCGUCCCUCCCUCCCAAGGUGCCCAGCAGGUUGACCCUCCUUUGGGGUGGGUGGCGGAGACAAGCUUGACUGAACUCGGGAUCGGACAGAGGCCCCGUCCACAGCCGUUUCCUGUAUAGUUGUACAGACCCGAACGCUGCCCUCCUGUAAAUGUGCGAUGAUGUGGGGUAGAUGACGCAACUGCGGUGCCACCUGGAACUUGCCAGCUGUCUGGAUGGUUCAGACCAGGCCUUUUUUUUUUUUGCAGCCUCCAGUAUGUGUGUAUGUGUGUGUGUUUUCACAAUGCAAAAAAAAAACAACGUGGGCUGCUGACCAGGCAGGCCGAGACGACGAGGGUGGAGAGGGCUAUGCCUUGCUGCGGUUCCCCCAUUUCAAGGAGACCCCAGGUGGUUUUAUAGAGUUUUUUGCAAUUCCUCCUUUUGUAAUGUCCUGUAUUAUUAUUUAAAAAAUAAAGUAUUUUAAAAAUA